AUGGACACACUACCAGACGCUUUCCCCUCAUCUACACAAACCAGAUUCGGUGCUCCAUUUCAAUCUGCCGCUUUGGGACCCUCUUCCCAGGGGUUGCCCGGUAUGAGCGAGAAUCCAGAGGUUAACACUCGAAUCAAAGUCCACGAUCCUCCCAAAUUCGAUCUCGAAUCUUACAUUGCGAAUUAUGUCGGCCGGACCCGAUUCGACCGCCUCUACCUCAUUGGAACCUCCUCCACAGUCCUCUCAACCGAAGCGCUGAAACUCGCAGUAGCCGAGGCCAAGUCUGGGAAGGAUGUUUCGCAGUAUGAAAAAGCAGUGCGGGCGCUGUCGGAAGUAGCGCCGAACGAGGAGGAUGCUUCUCUCGACGCGGUUUGGGUGCAUAAUGUACAACGGCAGGUCCAAGCUCAAUCUGAACGGUUGGAGCAGGAGCUUCGGGGGUACAAGAACAAUUUGAUUAAAGAGAGUAUUCGAAUGGGCAAUGAGGAUAUUGGAAAUCACUACUAUGAGACCGGCGAUCUGCUCGCUGCUUCAAAAGCAUACACCCGCAUGCGAGACUAUUGCACAACACCGAACCACAUCGCCUCCAUGCUCUUCAAGCUGAUUAAUGUCUCCGUCGAGCGUGGAGAUUGGCUCGCGGUCCAGUCCAAUGUGCACCGCCUGCGCAACGCCCAGUCAAAACCCGAGGACCAGCUCAAGAAUCAGCCUAAGAUGGCGGCUGCCCUGGGGCUUGCACAGAUGCACUCGGGAUCCUAUCUGGACGCUGCCAACAGCUUCCUGUCGACCGAUGUCAGCCUGGCCGACACCUUCAACGAGAUCAUCACACCCAACGAUGUGGCGGUGUACGGUGGUUUGUGUGCAAUGGCAUCCAUGGACCGUGGGGAUCUACAGCGACGCGUUCUAGAGAACAGCACCUUCCGCAACUUCCUCGAACUCGAGCCCCAUAUUCGUCGUGCGAUUGCAUUCUUCUGCAAUUCCAAGUUCCGCCCCUGCCUGGACAUAUUGGAAGCUUAUCGCACCGAUUAUCUUCUUGACAUUCACCUCCAGCGUCAUGUUUCCGAGCUUUACACUCUUAUCCGCACCAAGGCGAUCAAACAAUAUCUUGUCCCUUUCAGCCGCGUCACGCUGAACUCCAUGGCCACAAUCUUUGCGCCCGAGGUGAUCGGCGGCGAAGCACAGCCCACCAGCGUUUCAUCACCAUUCGUCCAAGAACUAAUCCGUCUCGUGAAAGAUGGUGUGCUCAAUGCUCGGAUUGACCUGGAGAAAGGAGUCCUGGUCUCAAACCAGACUGAUUUGAGGACAGAUGUUCAGAAUAAGACCUUGGAGAGUCUGCACUCUUUCAACCAGGAGGCACACUUGCGUAUCUUGCGUGCCAGCGUGCUUCAUGCUGGGCUGGAGGUGCGAGCCCCUGACAGCGAGCGGCGGUCGCGGUUGAAUCAGGGGCCUAAUUUGAGGGGAAUGGGCAUGGCGGAGCGGUUUACUCGGGGUGGAUUGCGCAGUUGA